AUGCCCUGCUCUGGAGUUACAGAAGCGGCUUCUCCGCAGAAGAGACGCAAGAGCGACGCGCUGGACGGACGCGAAGACCCGAAGGUGCUCAAAUUCGCCAAGCUGACAGAAAACGCCACGACACCGAGCCGAGGAUCGAACCGGGCCGCGGGGUUCGACCUGUACAGUAAGAUGCCCUGCUCUGGAGUUACAGAAGCGGCUUCUCCGCAGAAGAGACGCAAGAGCGACGCGCUGGACGGACGCGAAGACCCGAAGGUGCUCAAAUUCGCCAAGCUGACAGAAAACGCCACGACACCGAGCCGAGGAUCGAACCGGGCCGCGGGGUUCGACCUGUACAGAAAACAUCUUUAUGUUAUGAAGAAGGGCGACCGCAUCGCUCAGCUUGAUGCUUUGCUGUGGUCUCACAUGUGUGGUGUGUCUACAGCUGGCGUGGUGGAUGAGGACUACAGGGGGAAUCUGGGAGUCGUGCUCUUCAACUUCAACAACGAGCCGUUUGAAGUGAAGAAGGGCGACCGCAUCGCUCAGCUGAUCUGCGAGAGGAUCUGUUACCCGGAGCUGCAGGAGUUACAGACGCUGGAUGAGACGGAGAGAGGAGCGGGAGGCUUCGGAUCCACCGGCACCAACUGA